AUGUCGAAGGCAGUAUAUGCGAAGAUCUGGAUGAGCACGAGGUUGUUCAACCUCCGAAGGAGAUACGGGUGCAUGCAAGUUUGCGGGCGCUUGAGUCCCUGGUUGUGUGUCUGGUCCUUCUACUGCAUCUCGCUUGUCUUUCCUGCACUGAGCAAUGAAAACAAAAAACUACUAACCUUCGGAAUUUGGAAAGAGAAUGAUGUUGGAUAUAAUAAGUGCGCCCCCCCACCAUACGAGUGA